CAGGAGAAUCAAAGGAUGUAUGUCACUCCAGGGUGAUGAAAAUACUCACAGUGUUGGAUGCAGUGAAUACAUACUAAUCAGUACAGAAGGUAAUUCUGCAAUUCAAUCACAGUGGCAAUCCCAAAAUGCAGAGGUUUCAUAUAAAUGGACACGACAGAAUACGUUACUGUUUUUGGAUUUAUAUAAGAAAUAUAAGCAAUUGCUGAUGGCUGGGAAAAUAAAACUAAAAAAUGUGUACGAAUCCAUUGCCAAUGCCAGUGAGAUCAACCAGAGAAUGAGAACGUGGCUCCAUCAAACUGUGAAAAUCGAUGGAAGGUAUUGGAAAGAAAUUACAAAAAAAUUGUGACAAUAAUAAAAAAACAGGCAGCGGUAGAGGCUUUUUUGAGUAUGCGGACAUAAUGGCCGACAUAUUAGUGGACAAAAAGAAUAUCAAUCCAGUGCUCCUGUUAUCAAGUAACACGGUAGAACACUUAAAGGAACCCGAGAUAUCUGAUACAAGCAGGGUUGAUAUGCUGAACACUCCUGCAUUGGAAUCACCAGACGAGCAAUUAUUAACCCCACACUCAUCCAAAGAAACACCACGACGCCAACAUCACAAAACUAAAACGUAUCCUAAUAAACGUC